UUUCUGCCACCAUUCAUGAACUCGUGGCUUGCGCAUGAAAGAAAACCCGCUAUCGCUUCUGUUGUAGUAACGUCUUUCAUCACAGAGAGCAGCUGGGAGUGACAAGGGACAUGGCGGACAGCACUCCGCACACACCUGGAGGGGACCAGCUGGACAGGGCGUUAUUGGCGGCCUUCAUACCGCUCCUGAGGGAGACUGUUAUACCCAGCACCAUCAUCGCACAUCUCAUGGCACUCCUACCGCUAGAUGAGGUGGACAAAAUCCUUGCAGAUGAGAGAAGUAGCGGGCCAGCUGUAGCCAUGCAGCGGCUUCUGGGGGUACUGCAGGAGUGUAGACAGCCCGGCUGGUUUCAGGCUCUCCUGGACGCACUGGAAAACUCUAGGUAUGAGCACAUCCGGGACAUCAUCAAAGGGCGGCAGUCUGCAUGUGACAUGGCGUUUUUCAGGCGCCUCCUAGCGGUUUGUGCACCCAACCUGCAGCGCAUCGUGGCGGUGGACAUGCUGCCUCAUCUCUGUUGUCUUACUGAUGAUGAUAAAGUUCUGGUUCGAAACGAGGCCCGUAACCAUGGUAACUCCCGCGCAGUGGUGACGCUGCUGGACCGCGUGACACGCCGUGAACCCGGCUGGUUCCAACAGUUCGUCUCGGGGCUCAGGCAGACCGGCUUUGACGACAUCGCAGAGCAACUGGAGGAUUUAAGUUCAGUUCCAGAGGAGGUGUACUUCCCAGAAGAGCCGUUUGCUGAAGUGAGCGGGGUCGUUACGGGCGAGGCCGCGGUACCAACAGGUGAUGGCGGCGGGUACCAGUCGUGUCCUGAACCGGGUUUUCCAGAGGAAACUGCUCCAAGGUCUCCGGAGAAAUCUGCCCCGGAGCCGAGCUCUCCAGAGGAAUCUGCUCCAGAACCGAGCUCUCCGGAGGACACCGCUCCGUGGAAGGUGGCGCUGAGUCAGCUGGGUUCUCAGCUCAUCAGCAUGUCUGGGCGGAUGGGAGUCACAGUCGGACAGAGCAGGUCUGUAUGUUUGGCCGUACCAUUCACUACAGUACAAGAGGGGCGUUCAGCCACGGCCUGUAGUGGAGGUUCUAUGGCGAGGCGCGGGACCAGGAGAGCGGCCGCACGUUCAAAGAUGCAGAAGGAUAUUGUGCCCAAUCUUCAGCAGUACGGAUGGCCGCAAUGGGCGUGCUGAACAUACUGAUGACCGAGGGAAUAAUAGAACCCAGAGAGAUGAAAGACGAAGACUU